UUCCUCUUUUUGCAGUCAUGCAUGCGCAUGUCGUGUUUAAUGUGAGAUAAGCUUGACUUCUCUUCUUCAAAUGUUCUGAAACAAUAUUUCGGUGGGAAGCCGCAGGUGUAGCUGACAUCGUGAGGUUCAGACGACAGGCGGUUCAUCAGUUCAUGAGCUUCUCUGAGUUGUCUCCAUAAUGGAGGCGACAGGGAAAUAUGACUUCACCGCCACAGCGGAGGACGAGCUGAGCUUCAGGAAGGGAGAUACAAUCAAGAUUUUAGGCACCAAUGAUGACUGGUUCAGAGCAGAAAUAAACGGCAUGGAGGGAUUCGUGCCACGGAAUUACAUCAACAUCCAUUUCCCCAGCUGGUAUCAGGAGAACACAAGCCGUCAUUCAGCCCAGGAAGAACUCAUGUGCAAACCGAUCGGAUCCUUCCUCAUCCGAGGUUCCCAGAGUUCACCGGGAGAAUUCUCCAUUUCAGUCAGACAUGAGAAUGAUGUGCAGCACUUUAAAGUGAUGAGAGAGCGGCGCGGUCAGUAUUACCUGUGGAGCGAGACCUUCAACUCCCUCAACAGACUGGUGGAGUUCUACACGCAAAACUCCAUCUCCAAACACAGCCGCGUCUUCCUGCUCACAGAGCAGCGGAAUCCACCUGAUUUCCCACACAAGAAGUCUGCUGAACCGCCACCCAUCUCUCAGGAGAGACACAAUUACAGAACACCAGCUCCAGCCUAUCCUCGCCCACCCGAACCCUCACCACUACCGCCACCGCAGGCGUCUGCGCUGCAGGUUCGGGCCAUGUAUGACUUCACUGCGGACGCAGAUGAGCUGAACUUUCACACUGGAGAUAUAAUCGAGGUUUUAGAUCAGUCUGAUCGUUUUUGGUGGAAAGGUGUUCUGCGCGGGAGAACCGGACUCUUCCCCGUCAACUACACCAAUCCUGUCUGAGGAUCCGUGACAGAUGUUUGGCUGGAAAGGCGUUUCACCUUCUAUUCUUUGAGUUGUGAUGUUGCAAAAUAAUGAUAUAUGCAUAAAUAGUACAGUUCUGAAUUUAAGAAACACAUUUUCACCUUGUCAUGUGUACAGAACACACACACACACAUCAGAGAUUUGGAAAAAUUGGGUGUUCAGUUUGAGCACUUUUACAAACAAGUCUUUCAGAACUGUUAUGAUGCUCUGCAUAUGGACUGUAUGAAAUGUUCCUGAGAUGUGAUCUUUAUCCAAGUAUUACAUAAGUACAUCCAUAUUUAAUAACACAUACAGAGUUAUGAUGUUAUUAAAUGAAUGGUUCGCUUACAAUUUUGAAAAAUGUCAGAAUUCUCUUUCUUAGUGCAUGUUAAACCAAAAACUUUCUUGAAAAAAAUUCAUAAAGCAUCUAUUCACUU